UUCAUUAGGGGAUAUCUGAACAACCUUCACACAGACAUGUUUAAAAAAUUUGAUGAAAACCCAAAAAAAUGCCAUAUCGAAAAUAUUAGCAUUUCACAAUGUCAUGACUGCUUUUGUUAACGACAGAAGUGACUAAACUGAAGGUCAGGACAUUAAUUUUCAACACACAACACUAAAUUGUUGCGUCUACUGAGGCUUUAGACACAGUCAAUGCAGUUUGAUUUCAGAUAAUGAGUCUCUCAUACCACUCACAUGAUUAUAAUGAAAAUACAGUGGAAUUUGUAAUUAUACUCAAAUAUUUGCAAUACUUGUAAGUAUCAAAAUGUUGAUGAAUAAUUUGCAUGACUUUAGGGAAAAUCGAAUAUUUCCUGACACAUCAGUUUCAGAGGACUAUGGUUCAAGUCCAGUCCCAUUCUCUCAAAAAUCCCCAAAAAGAAAAUGUGGUUAAAACCUUUUCCUACAUUUGUAUUACCUGGAUUGGUAGUUAACCUGGUUAACCAACCAGCUUAAAUGAGAAUAGUCUAAGCUGGCUGGUUUGUUGUUGACUGUCUAGUUAUUGAACCAGCACAGGUAUUUUAUUCAUAUCAAUCAGCCAUGUUGGAAACUGAUUGACCAACUGAUUCAUACUGGUUAAGCUAGUUGAAACGCCUGUACUAUCAAAAAAAUGUGUUGAAAAUAUGUACCUUUAGCUUGUCAGUGAGGCAAUACCCUCAAAGUUACACUUUGUGCCUUUUCUAUCCCCCUAGAGUAUUAACUUUAGGGUAUAUUUUAGCACCUUAAUGGUUGAUAUUAGAAACUUAAGGGUUUAGAUUAGUAUGUUAAGGAUUGAAAUUGGUAACUUGAAGGUAUGUAUCACAAUCUCAAUGGUUGAUUUUUACAAAUUAAGGGUAUAUAUCUAGUGCCUUGUACCUUAAUGGUUUAUUUUAAGAACUAAAGAGUUCAUAUUUGUAUCUUAAGGGUCAGUAUUCAUCAUUUAAGGGUAAAUACUUGUAUUACUACCUUAAGAGCUGAUGUUAGUAACUUAAGAGAACAUAUUAGUACCUUAAGGGUUGAUAUUAUUAACUUAAGAGUAUACUUCAGUACCUUAAAGGUAUGUAUUAUGAUCUUAAUGGUUGAUAUUUAUAAAUUAAGGAUACAUAUCUAGUACCUAGUACCUUACCUACAGUGUGUUUUCAGAACUAAUAUUUGUAUCUUAAGGGUCACUAUUCAUAAUUUAAGAGUAAAUGCAUGUAUUAUUGCCUUAAGAGUUGAUAUUAGUAACUUAGGAGAACAUAUUAGUACCUUAUAGGGUGAUAUUAGUAAGUUAAGGUUACAUACUAGUUCGUUAAGGGUUGACAUUUAUAAUUUUAGCAUUCAUAGUAGCAUCUUAAGGGUUGAUACUUUAUUUGUUACUUAAGGGUACAUAUCUAGUACCUACCCUAGUGAAAAAUAAAUAUACAAAAAUGUAUGUAAAAUACAUUUAUUUCAUGCUAAGUAUACUGCAAAUAUAUUUACAUAUUAUGUACUUAAUACAAAUACCUGCAGUUGCACUUUUAGUCUACUAAACUGGUAUAUUUAAAGUCUAAAUCAGGAAAAAAUUAUGUUGUACUUAAUGCAGUUCCAAGUAAAUUUGUGGAACUAUUAUAUACUUAUGGUGCACUUGAAAUAUUUUGCAUUUAAAGACCAAUGUUAUUCAAAGAUCAUACAAUCCUCAUCAAUACUGACAUUAAAACACAUUUUAGACUUAAUAUUAAGAAAUGUGCAUUGUGAAAAAAAAAAAAAAAAAAAAAAAAAACUGUCAUUUUGAAUACAUUUUAAAGCUCACUGAUGCUUCAGAAGGAAACAUUAAGAGCAGGGGGUGAAAACUUUUGAACAGAAUGAAGAUGUGUACAUUUUUCUUAAUUUGCCUAAAUAUCAUAUAUUUUACAUUUAUACUACUGAUAAAGUUUAAUUACAAUUUUUUUUUGUAAUAUCAGUAAGUUUUGAGCGAUAUAUCAGUAAAUAUUUUAAUAGACUUGAACUAUACUUAGUAUAAAAUCAAUGCAUUUUAAAUUUAUUGCUUUUUACUAGGAUAGUUGGGUUGGUUUUCAGAGCUAAAGAAUUCAUAUUUGUGUCUUAAGCGUCAAUAUUCAUAAUUAAGGAGUAAAUACAUGUAUUACUAACUUAAGAGUUGAUAGUAGUACCUUAAGAGAGCAUAAGUUAGUAAUGAUGUAGUAAGUUAGUAAUGAUGUUAGUAAGUUAAGGUUACGUAUUAGUUCCUUAAGGGUUAACAUUUAUAACUUCAGCAUUUAUAUUAGCGUCUUAAGGGUUGAUAUUUGUGCACAUUUUAGUGCCUUAAGAGAUGAUAGUAUCUUAAGAGAGCAUAUUAGUGUCUUAAGACGAGGUAGGAAACCCUCAUCCCAAACCUAACAUAUGUUGUUCCUUUCAACAGGUAUUCUACAGGACUAACAGUCUUGAAAAGCAACAGAUAUUUGAAGAUGCCUCUGUAGUGUCCCACAGUCUCCGUGCAGGACAUCUUCAUCUUUUGUUGACCUGGAGCGUCUCAGACCACAGCUGGUGCGCGUCCCGCCGAACUCUUUUUCCCAAGCUCGGCGCAGAAUCGCCCCGUUGCCCCCGCGGCCCCCUUUCGUAGCCUCCUCUUACCUUUUCUUUAAACAAUCCCUCCCUCUCAUCUUUUCUUUAAACAACCUUUCCCUCUCUCCAACAGGCUGCCCCACACACUCGCUAAAUGAAGUUAGUCCAGCACCCCCCCUCCCCAUCCUCUUCUGCUCCCUACCAGACACACUCACAGAAUUGUUUGUUAAUAGUCCAAUUAGAUAAUUGCCAUCUUUCACUCCUUUUGCUCUCCGUUUCCCAUAAAGGACUGAAUGGCUUCGGGAGGGGGGGGAGUUCAGCAUGAAGAGGGCCUCUGGCCCUGCAAGGUGACAAGAAGGGUCCGAGCCUGUUCCCUGCUCGCAACCAUUGGCUUGAAUUGAAUCAUUGUAGCCUAAUCAAUGGUCUUAUUGGAUUACAGACCACUGCUGUUCCCCCAGAUAUUGUUGCGUUGACAAUGAAAAUAGGCGAGACUGAGUGGGUGGGUGUGUAGUGGUGUGGAAGGAGUGGGAGAGGGGAGGAGGAGGAGGGGGGUCGCUUUGGGUGUUAGCGUUGGGAUCUCAGGCAGGUUGAGUUUUUUAGCGGCGCCUUAACAGGUUUCUUGUAGGGUAAGGGGGCUGAGUGAUCGCGCCAUUCGCUUUGGCUCUGCUGGGCAACUCGGGGUGGUUGUCGCACACUGUCCCCCGCUUGACAGAGUUCCCUUGUGUUCAUCUCUUUCUUUUGUCAAUCCGUGUUCAUUACCACUACAGAUUCCGAGGGAAGUGGAUUCCAUUUUUUUCGUAUUCCAGGUCUCUCCGCCUCCCUCAUUCUUUUUCUCUCUCUCUCUUUGCUCUCUACCGAUCUUUCCCUCUCUCUCUUUUCGCUCUUUGCUUGUAUUAGCUCCGAGGGUGCAGCGUGCGGUAUCGGGCCGCUAUCCGGGGGGAGACUCGCCAGGCUGCUCGUAAAGUUAGCCCGACCGAACGCAAGCAGCCCGAGAGCAGAGGAACGGCCAGUGCCGGGGCACCGAGGAAUGAAGUGGAACUUUUCCGGCGCUCCUUUGGCUCCGUGAUUGCGCGUGGUGGCGAUUCGAGGCAAAUCAUCUCCCUUGAUCCUGUGCGAACGAGGGCGGAGAGGGGGGUCGGAGUGAGUGGACCCCUCUAUCAGGACAAUGUGUAUUUCCCAAACAGUUUAGAGUAUUCAUGAGGUUACGCAAAUGUGGAGGCAGCGAAAUUACCGUAAUCAAUUGAAGCGGCGAGCAUGCGUCCGUCCACAGCUCUGAUUACCCGGAGAUCAGCCUGAUGUGAAUGUUACAAGGAGAGGAGCUGUUAAAUUGCUGUUGAAUUUGGGUGAGAAGUCUAUGAUCAUUGGGCAAGUGAGUCUGCACAGAGAUAAUAGGGCAGAUCAGUGGACCGGGCAAGUGCUGGUGGCACAUUAGCUAUCUGACUUCGACUCCAAGCUGCUGUUUUACAGAAAGACCAAACCUAUAUUACCCAGAAUAAGCAGUGUGUGUGUCCGUACCCGAAUAGUUAUUUCUUCCCAACAAGGAGAAAAAGAAGGAGAAAUCUUCGGAGAGGAUAAGAGACUAUGGAAGUCCGCUACAGCCAAGACUCGGAGUCCGGAAUGUUGCUGAAGAAUGGACUAAAAGAGGGGAAAGAGGGAAAGGAUUCCCAGGGGAACAUUUCUAAAACGUUCCUGAAGGACCAGCAGGAGUCCUUCUCUCCAUCCGGACCGGUGGAAAACUGCGAAAAGAGCCGGACGAGCUCAGGAGACCCUGAUUACUGCCGGAGGAUUCUAGUUCGGGAUGCCAAAGGUUCGAUCCGAGAGAUUAUUCUCCCCAAGGGUUUGGAUCUAGACCGACCAAAGCGUACUAGGACCUCGUUCACAGCAGAACAGCUGUACAGACUGGAGAUGGAGUUUCAGCGAUGCCAGUAUGUCGUGGGACGAGAGCGAACCGAACUUGCCCGACAACUUAACCUGUCUGAAACUCAGGUAAAGGUGUGGUUCCAGAAUCGUCGCACUAAGCAGAAGAAGGAUCAGGGCAAGGAUUCAGAGCUGCGCUCUGUAGUUUCUGAGACAGCCGCCACCUGCAGCGUCCUGCGUCUUCUGGAGCAGGGCCGGCUCCUCACUCCCCCAGGCCUGCCAGGGUUGCUGCCCCACUGUGGGAGCUCGUCACUAGGCUCAGCCCUGCGUGGGCCGUCCCUGGGCAUCACGGCUAACGGAGGCUCCUCCAGCAGCAGUAGCAGCAGCGCGGCCAGCUCAGGCACAGCCGGGGGGAGCCCGCCGCUGCCAACGGUGACCAGUUCGGGGACAGUCACGGGGCUGCAGGGAUCUCCGCCCGCCCACGGGCUGUUUAGCUUCCCUAUGCCCUCUCUGCUCGGGUCGGUCGCCUCACGCAUCUCCUCCACCCCGCUCGGGAUGGCCGGAUCCCUGGCGGGGAACUUGCAGGAACUUUCCGCCCGCUACCUGAGCUCGUCCGCCUUUGAGCCCUACUCGCGGACCAAUGGCAAAGAAGCGUUAGACAAGAAAGUUUUGGAAUGAUCACUAGGGGUUGUCCUUUGAUUCUUUUUAUUGUCGUUGUUGUUGUUUUGAAAUUAGUUUGAGCUCUGAUUAUCUCUUUUUUAAUCGCUUUCGCCCUUUUGUCUCAUCAGUGCUGUUGUGUUUUCAAUCUUGCGUUUCGUCAACCUGCACACUUGAUGCCUCUCAGAAUUGUAAAACGAUGGACUUUUCAAAAACAAGGAUUUUCGGAGCAUUUUGCACUAAAUCAGAGUUUCUCCAAUUUGACACAAACGAGAGCUUGAGGAAGGAAUGUAGCAAGAGAUUAUGGAGGGGAAGUGAGAUGAAAAUGUUUGCUGAGGCAAUAUUUUCGGGGCACUUUUUUUCCCGUAUACCUUUUUUUAAGCUGGACAGUAGUGUUCAGAUUAAAAAUCUAAUCUGAAGGCUGCUGGGUAAAACAAAACAGAAAAAAACAGUACAGAACAUAAACCCCUGAUAAAAACUGAACUUGCAGCAACAUCCUUCAUGUUUUCAGUUUGAAGAGCGAUCUAAAUGUGUGAUUUUUACAUAGUGGCGAAUGCCAAGUCUCAAAUAAUGAAAUAUAUAUAUUAUAUUGGGAUUCAUUUCCAAAGGUACAGUCAUACUGUGGCUUUAUAUACACAAUUUGCUUACAGAGGUCAUGAUGAAUUUGCCGUAUGAAGCUAUAAGAUCAGAUGUCUAUACCGUUUUGUAUUCGUUUGGUUAAACAUGUUCCGACUAAAUGGAAGGAAAACGCUGUCACACGUUUAAUAGUCCAAUAGUCCUGUGUUCAUUGUUCUCUAAAUGGUUUCUGUGAGGGUGCUCCCCAAACCGAGUUUUGAAGGCAGUCUCAGUUUGUGAGUUUGUACGUCUUAAAUAUGCAGUUUUUCUCCUCUGUGUGUGCGUGCUGGUACUGAAAUUGUAGUCCUGGUUUCCAUGUUUAGGUGCGUGUUUAACUGCAAAUCUUUUGAGAAAACUUGAUGUCAUUGCCUGGGAUUAAUCUCCGGAGCAUCGACGAGACCCUCGCAUUAUUGGACUAAAUGUGUUUUGCUGUGAGCGGCAACCCCUCUACCAACGCGGCAAA